AAGAAAUAUUUUCUAGAGCUCAUUUGAAUUCUUUUAUUGUUGAAACUAUUAAAUCUACAUCUUAUGCCUAAUUACUUUUUUACACUUGUAUAUUUUUACAACACUGAGUAUUUAUGUUCUUGAUAUUUUAGCUGACCUCUGCAAACCGGUUGGUUGGCUGCAUUUUCUUCGCCAAGGAAACUCUGAACCCGAAACAUCAGAGCAACGAAAAGCAAGUAGGGAAACUUUUACGAACAUAUUUAGCCGUAUUGUAUGCAGCGCCACGCACUGGAUGAUUCUCGAAGACUGGCUGACUCUGUUCGUUCGCUUAUUCCCAACAGUGUACAUUUGGUAAAAUAUUGUUUUGGCAAUUAAUACCAAACGUUACCGGGCAUUGUGGCCAUCGGCAAAACGGAACGUUAGCAACAUGGUCCAGAGAUUGGAGUUCGUUGGCUGCCAAUAGGACAGCUUGGAGAAUCGCCCGUUUUGGUGUCGGUAUAAUGAUUGUAGUGGUUUCAGCUAAUAGCAUACGUAGGUUAUUCAAGUAUUUGUACUGAAAGCUGUUGCAGUUUUGGCAGGGUAGCGAUUGUCCUUUAAUCCAGAAAGGAGGCUAUACAGCACAGGGCAGGAUUAACCGGAUUUGUUCCGUUGGAGAUCUUAAAAUUUGCACAGGGUUGUGCACAGCAUUAUCACAAAAACUAUCAAGUUAGAUUUUUUACUACAUUUUCAGAAGUUCUAUGAUCUUAAUUUAUAUUUUUUAUUUACACAAUAGAAUGCAUAAAACACUUUUUUCCCUGUAACUAAACUACGAUCCGUGAUCGAUGAUCAACCGUUAUAAUCAAAUAGUGAAUUUUGUUUUCGGUAUUUUGCUCAAAACAAGAGAAACAUUGAUUUAAUGAUAGCAUACACUGUACAAUCACGACAGUAGCAUUCGUUGUGCAUAUAAACCAGUUUGGAAGUUUUUGGUGAACUAUGAAUUAUGAACCAGACAGACACUCCUGGUGCUCAUAGGUAACGCAAUGCGAUGCUGCGAUUAAAAUCUGGAUCCACUUUUGGUUCAUCUUCUUCGGAAGAAAUAACUUUCAGUUGAGUUUUGGAUGCUCCAGUGAUUAGACAGUAUCAAAUAGAGACAAAAAACACACUCGGAACACUUUCCGAGCUAGUGCAAGAAUAGAGAUAUUUAAUUACAGUUUAGUUUCGAAAAUGACGAGAUUUGUGUACGCAACAGUGCUGGUAGUUUUCGUGGCGAUCGGUAGUAUACAGUGUGAGGAACAGAGUAAGUCAAACAACUUGAAAGGUAAGUAAUUUAGAUUUUUUUUAAUUCAAUCGUAGGAUAAGAUUUAAUGUAAAAAAAAUACUUAGUGGAUGCAUGUCUGUGUGUCAGUUGUCUCCCUUUUCCUUGUCAGCAAAACGAACUAAAUCCGUUUUUUCUCGCUUGGGAUCCAUAACUAUGACGUCUUCUAUAUUUUCCAUAAAUAAAAAAUGACGAACCAAUAUUUUUUGGAUAUAUUGAGUGCAGGUUUUGAAGCGUACAGGCAAUUCGUAUCAAUACGGUAUAUUAUCCUUAGGAGUUGAAAUAUUGCCAAACUCGUUUCUACAAAUUCCUUCAAUGAUUUAUUCCUGUUUACGUAACUGAUUUUUAGUAUGAAUGGUACCGUAAAACGGGGUAACUUUGAUAGUUUUUAGGAAGAAAAUCUGAAAAUAUUUGCAUCCAUUUUGAUUUAUUUUUUUUAUAUUUUUACAUAAGUUAUUAAUUGGAAUUGAAGGAUUGCAUAUCGAUUCUCUUUGAAUGGACCGAUAUUUUUUCAUAUAAUUGAAAUUCUUUAAGGUGAUAAUGGUUUUAAGGUUUUAGGGUGAUAUUGUUGCGCACAGUAGCGCAUAUCAAAUUUAAACAAUCAUUGCAAUACUCAAUUCAACAGCUAGAAUUUUGAGGAAACUGUACAAUAUGUAUAAUGACUAGAUGUGAAUCCGCGUUGCUAAGAUGGAGGUGCGAAUAAUUAGGAAUCAAUUGUUUCCCUAGAUUAAUCCAUCGAAUUUGUAGGUAGUUUUAGGUAUUCUUGUAAACAUAUUUUUAUAGCUUUGUAGCUGACCAUAGACAAAAGCACUUGGCUUUUUUUACUGCUGAAAGGGCCGAUGUCUUCAUGUACCUUCCGCAAUCGCAAUAGGUAUGCAAAUAAUGAUCGUAUCGUAAUGAUAAAAUCUCCUUGAUUCUUAAUAUUUGAAUAUAAAGCUUCAAAUGUUCUCGAUUCCAACAAAAAUAGUUCUGACAUGAAAUUAAAUACUAAUAUUUACUCUUCACUUUUGCGUUCGUUUUGCUCAACUGAUUAACAGAAAUCAUGUCAUUGUGUAUAGUAUUUUAUGUGUCCCCCACUAUCCCCCCAGUUACCCACAUUAUCAAAGAUACCUCAUUCAACGGUACUUAUGAUUCUAAUUGAUAUCGAUUCUAUUCUAUCUUAUUGACGAUUGUCCCAUGAAUCCGGAACUAUCAUGAAGAAAGAAGUGUUUCAUUGUACUUCCGCAUUUAUUUAACGAUUGUCAUUGCAACAGCGUGGCGCAAAGAAGAAUCGAUGAAACAGGUUCUUCUUAGGGCCGGCACGAAAUUUAUCUGCGUUUUCCAUAUACAAAAAGGUAUUAGUCAUUCGGUCAAACCGGCUCUUGACGAGAGUCGCAGAUUUUGAUAGUUGACUAGUGCAACUAGGUUACCGGCGUCACGUAUUCUGGAGCUUUCACGUUGUAUUGCAGGUUUCUUUAAAUUAUGUUCUUGUAUCGUUACAGAUGUAUCUAUGGUAGAUAAUGCGAUAAGAUUGACGGCUGAUGUUGAGUCAUUUCUUGCGAUGCAUGGAAUCGGUACAGCAACGGAGAAGCAUACGAUACAGAAAAGGCAACUGGGUGGACUCGUCUCGUCUAGCGCACAAGCACAGACAAGCGUCGUAAAUCAUCGACCCGGUAUACUCGGAUUAGGAUUAGGAUCUAGGGUGGCCAAUUCCGGUGUGGAUACAGUUUUGGGCAGGCUUGCUGGUGGUCGACUCGGAGUAUCUGCAGUCAACUCUGCGGCCCAUGCAGCUCAGGUGGGAGAUGCAGGAAUUACGGGUAUCAGCGGACUCGUUUCGUCUAGCGCUCAAGCAAAUGCCGUGAAUCACCGACCAGGUUUACUUGGGUUAGGAUUAGGAUCGAGGGUAGCCAAUUCCGGCGUCCAGUCUCUUUUGGGCAGGUUGCCAGGCGGUAGACUUGGAGUAUCUGCAGCCAACUCGGCGGCCCAGGGAUUCCAGUUGGGACCGGGAGGAUUAUCGGGCGUAGCCGCACAAUCUGGAAGUCAGAGCCUAUCUUUAGGAAACCGUCGGAUAAACAUUGCUCAUAGCAAUGGCUUUUCGUUAGAGAACGGAAUACCGAGUCUAUCUCGUGGAAGUUCGUUAAGCUUGAUUUGAAUUAAGCAGCUCAUCUAAACAAUAAUUAGAACUAAUAGGUCUUAACAUGUA